AUCAAAGAUGGCGGUACGGAAGAAAGACGGAGGCCCGAACGUAAAAUAUUUCGAAGCUUCUGACACUGUCUCGCAGUUCGACAAUGUCCGUGUCUGGUUGGGAAAGAAUUAUAAAAAGUACAUCCAGGCGGAGCCUCCUACCAAUAAGUCUCUGUCCAGCCUGGUGGUCCAGCUCCUGCAGUUCCAGGAGGAGGUGUUCGGCCGCCAUGUCAGCAAUCCCCCACUCACCAAGUUACCGAUAAAGACCUUUCUUGACUUUAAGCCCGGUGGAGCCCUGUGUCACAUAUUGGCUGCUGCCUACAAGUUCAAGAGCGACCAAGGAUGGCGCAGGUUUGACUUCCAGAACCCUUCUAGAAUGGACCGGAACGUGGAGAUGUUCAUGACCAUUGAGAAAUCAUUGGUGCAGAAUAAUUGUCUUUCACGACCUGUCAUCUACCUAAGUUCAGAGAUUGAGCCAAAAUUGUUGGUAAAACUGAAGGACAUCAUCAAAAGGCAUCAGGGAUCUUUGACUGAAGAUAAGACGUCCAGUUCUCAUGUGGUGGUUCCAAUACCACCCAGUUUGGAAGAGGAGGAGUGGGUUCGACCAGUGAUGAAGAGAGACAAACAGGUGUUGCUCCACUGGGGAUACUGGCCAGACAGCUAUGACACAUGGAUCCCAGCCAAUGAGAUAGAAGCUGCUGUGGAAGACGCACCCACCCCAGAGAAACCCAGGAAGGUUCAUGCCAAGUGGAUCCUGGACCUGGACCAGUAUAACGAGUGGAUGACAGAGGAAGACUACGAGGUUGGAGAAGGGGGAACCAAGAGGAAGAGGAUCUCGGCCAAGACGCUGACGGACGAGGUGUCCACCCCUGACGACCGCAGGGACAAGAAGGCGGGAAAUGCCAAGAAGAGGAAACGCUCACGCUCCCCCUCCCCUGCACCGGCCUCUCAGGAGAGCAAGAAGAAAAACACCAAGAAAGGACCCACGACCCCGUACACCAAGUCGAAGCGAGGUCAGAGGGAGGAGGAGCAGGAUGAGGGCAGCAAGGAGGCUGAUGAGCCCUCACCCACCCCUCCCACUGAGGACAGCGCUGCUCCUAAGACAGAUGAACAAGAAGAUGAAUCCAUGGAAACAGUAGGCAAGGAGGAAGAGGAGGGUUCCCCCAGUGUUAAAGGAGAGCCAGUGAAAGGCUCGGACCUGCAUGAGGACAAUGUCACAGAGCAAACUCACCACAUCAUCAUUCCCAGCUACGCAGCCUGGUUUGACUACAAUAGUGUUCAUGCCAUAGAGCGUAGAGCUCUCCCAGAAUUUUUUAAUGGCAAAAACAAAUCCAAGACUCCUGAAAUUUACCUGGCAUAUCGUAACUUCAUGAUAGACACAUAUCGACUGAACCCCCAGGAGUAUUUGACCUCUACUGCGUGCCGUAGGAAUCUGGCUGGAGAUGUGUGCGCCAUCAUGAGGGUCCAUGCCUUUCUGGAGCAGUGGGGUCUGAUUAACUACCAGGUGGACUCUGAGAGCAGGCCUACCCCCAUGGGUCCCCCUCCCACCUCCCACUUCCAGGUGCUGGCUGACACCCCAUCCAGCCUGAUACCACUGCAGCCCAAGACGACACAGCAGUCUGCCACCACCCAGCAGCUGUUGUCCUUCCCAGAGAAGGUGAAGGACAAGCCCGCUGAUUUGCAGAACUUUGGCCUGAGGACCGACAUCUACAAGAAGACUGGCCCCAAUAAAAAUAAGAAUCCAGCAAGUGCCACACGAGAUUGGACAGAGCAGGAAACACUGCUACUCCUGGAGGGACUGGAGAUGUACAAGGACGACUGGAACAAGGUGUCGGAGCACGUGGGCAGCCGCACGCAGGACGAGUGCAUCCUGCACUUCCUGCGUCUGCCCAUUGAGGACCCGUACCUGGAGGAGGGCGCCCCCUUGGGGCCGCUGGCCUACCAGCCCGUGCCCUUCAGCCAAUCAGGAAACCCUGUCAUGAGCACCGUCGCCUUCCUCGCCUCCGUGGUGGACCCGCGGGUGGCCUCGGCCGCCGCCAAGUCAGCACUUGAGGAGUUCUCCCGCAUGAAGGAGGAGGUGCCGGCGGCUCUGGUGGAGGCCCACGUGCGCAGGGUGGAGGAGGCGGCACGGAGCAGCGGCCGACCCGACCCGCUCUACGGCUUGGAGGGCAGUGGCAUCGCCGGCACGGGCCUAGAGGACGCCGACAAACCAGCAGAGGAGACCAGUGAGGAGAGUAAAGGGGAAAGCCAGCCCAGUGAAGACAAGAAGGAAAACAAGGAGAGUAAGGAAGAGAUGGUGGAAGAGGAGGAGAAAGGAGACAGUGCCAAAAAAGAGGAGGAGAGAGCGAGGGAUGGAGAGGCCGAGAGAGAGACGGAGAAACCAGACUCAGAAAUGGCAGGUGAAGGUGACAAAGAGCGAGAGAAUAAGAACCUGCUGGACGAGGGCCAAAAAGGACGAAGGCUGCCUGCUGUCAAGGCCAAGCACCUGGCGGCUGUAGAGGAGCGGAAGAUCAAGUCUCUGGUGGCCCUGCUGGUGGAGACGCAGAUGAAGAAGCUGGAGAUCAAGCUGAGGCACUUUGAGGAGCUGGAGACCAUCAUGGACCGCGAGAGAGAGGCGCUGGAGUACCAGCGUCAGCAGCUGCUGGCUGACCGUCAGUCCUUCCACAUGGAGCAGCUGAAGUAUGCGGAGAUGCGAGCGCGCCAGCAACACUUCCAGCAGCUGCAGAGCCAGCAGCACAGCACCACCCCGUUGCCUAGCAACAACCCCCCUGCCCCGCCGCAGCCCACGGCCAGCACGCCCGCGCCCCCGCCGCCCCCCGUGCCCAGCCCGGCGCCCCCCUCCGCCUCCAACGCGCCCAGCGAAGCCCCGACCCCCGGGCCCCCGCAAGCACACGCCCACGCUGUCACAAGCAGCACUCCAGCAGCCGCCGCUAUGCACGAGUCCUCCACUCCAGCUGAGCCUGUCCACCCAGCUACUCCCGUGCCUGCUCCACAGUAGGAGGAAGAAAGAUGAGAGGAAGAGAUGGAGAAGUAAAAGAGACGGAAGAAGACCCACAAAAACCCAAGAUGCAGUAUUUGGAAUGAAUUGGGAUUACCUGUUACCUGGAACAUACAUAUAUUUACACAUAUACACACACACACACAGAGAACAUUUACACAUACACACACACACACAAAAUACUUUUUUCACUCACUUGUGCCCCAAGUAAAGCUCCAAAAAUGUCUCCAGGUCACAUGAGCAUACCUACCAAGACACUCGCAAAGACUUAAUCUUGAUCUGACCAGACUUAAAAUAAUCUCCAAGCCCCCCACUUAGACCUGCUUAGGUAAUGUGUUGCAAAUCCCGUCAAACAACGAAACAGAAAGAAAAGAAUGUUCACAUGUGGGCCUGGUGCUGUUGAGAGCUUCUCAGGUGUAGUACCACCAGGCCAAGCCCCAAACAACCGUGACAAGCAGACAAUCAGUGGAGGUGAAUGACAUCCAACCUCUCACUACAACAGCCAGAACAGAGAGGGAAAGACCCUCACCUACCUACCAGUCAUUCAGUGUAAACUACCACCCUUCAGCAUGUAAAUAUCGAUCUUUACCUUUUGUGCGUGUGUGUGUGUAUUUUAAACUCGACACGCAAAUUGUCCUGUCAUAGUAGAGAUCUGUUUGUUCUUUUACCAGUGUUAGCCUACCAGUAUAUGCUAUAACCACAGCUGGUCUCACGUUCACCUCCAGAUGAAGAUAAACAUCCACCUGUGCUAUCCCAUCAUUCCAUUGAUGAUGCUGACCAGAGCAUCUUGGGACUUGUAGUACAACUUGGAUGCUUGGAGACCCCAAUCCCAAAGUAUUGCUAAGGAGAUCUUUUCUCAUACCAGGAGUAUCUUAAGAAGAAUGAAGGAAAAAGAAAAACAAAAGAAGAACCAAAUUUGCACUUUGAAUUCAAUUCAAUGAAGUUUUAUUUAUUGAUGAAGCUUU